ACUCGAUUCGUCAUUAGAAUGGGCAAUUGCUGUGGUUUACUGAGACAGCCUGCAGAGCCCGACGAGUUAAACCCUCUGUUGCGAAACGAAAAUGUGCCUAUAAACCCUCCAAGCGCCGCAGAGGAUAAUAAUGUUUUGAGAUCACAAGAGCGUGAAUGGGAAGAAGUCAUCAAUCAUGCUGCAGACAAAUUCAUUGAUAUAUUCUCCAUGAGACUGAGAAAAGACACACCAGGAAAACCACAGGACUCGACAAUGUUUUAUGAAGGAAUUGUGGAACAGUUAACACCAAUCACAACGUCGGUGCUGUCUGAGGGGAAAGAACCUACAAGUGAUGAAGCGGCAUUUUUGGAAAACUGUUUAAGCCGAUUAAUCAAACAAGUGGAAGCCGUACAAUUAGAUACAAAAGAUCUAAAAGGCAAAGUGAUUGCCCGGUUGGAAGAGUAAGAAACCCGCGUUCUUUUCAGAAAGUUUUUGUUGCCGAAGUUCUGUAUCAACGCGGAUGAAACGCUUUCUUUCUUUCUUUUUAUCAUGUCUAUAGCCAACAAUCGUCGACAUUCGACUACUAUCCCUAAUUUACACACACGCACACACUCUAUCGCUCUCCCCUGGAACAGAGCACCCACUUGGUACGUUGUCGUUCACGCCAAUAUUCUAUUUUUCUUCUUUCAACUUUCAAUUAUUUUUGGAUCAGUUUUCCGGCUGUAAUCAGCAUACCGGGAUUAAAGUACAAAUGUUUUGGACACGAUGGGCACUGAGCCUAUACCUCAUCGAAUGAAGUAGAAGUCUUCUUCGAAAUGAAGUUCUUAUACACAAACAGGGCGACCAUGGGCACCAGGACAAUGGCGACUAUGAGACCAAUACUGUUCAAUUAGCAUGGGAACCACACCAAAAUUACAUACGGGGGAGGACUGUUUUUAACAGCACGGUCCUUCUUCAGAGAUGCCAACUCAAGUUCCGUGCCUGGCUUGAGAUCACCGACAUACAAUUCUUCCAGCAACUCAUCAGCAGCUGUGGAAUGGCCAACAUCCUUGUAGGCUUUGGUGCCGUCCUGACCUAAAAGUCGUGUUAGUAAGACUGUGUCACGGAUACAGCGAGCAAGGAACGUGGACUUGUACACUAGUUAUCCAGAGGCACAAAAGAGCUGCAGAUUUCGUUUAUUCAAACCAAGCAGCUCCUAAGUCCACUCCAUCCAGUCUCGUCACUUUGUUCGUCUCAACUCACCAGCAUAGUCCAGCAGGAUCUCGACACCGCCGGGAUGCUCAUCACCGAAAGUCGAAAUGUCAUAAACUUUGCCGUUGAUGACCAUCCACAGGUCCUUUUCGCUGUUGUGCGCAGCAAUUUCUUCAGGUGUAAUAUACUUGACCAUCGCUAUGGUUUUUGGAAAGACAAGGUUCUGGGUGGCAGGCAGCUCAGCAUAAUCGAUGAUUUCACACUCACCCGUUCAGCCAAAC